CAGAAGCACAAUCCGUAGUUUGAGCAACAGCCAUUAUUACACAUCUAAAGCAGUAGCCUUGAAGCCAGCGAAAAUGCAUCAUCCAGCAGAUCUGAGCUGAGAGACGAGCAGGGAGAUCUGGGCACUGGUCCCUCGCCCAUCCUCUGAGCCAAUUAACCUGUGAUGAGCCUGUUGGUACAACGCUGAUUAAUUAGAGCAGGGAAGGGAUCUAUGCGUGAUGCUGCGGGGAAGCCCUCAGGUCGGAUGAGUGUAUGGACGGGAAGCAUGAUACCGCGGAGAUCGCUACAGCGCAGACUGGCUCCGAAUGACAUCACCAGAGGAAGAUGGCAACGUCCACAUCGAGGACAUUUUAGCUUCACCUCUCUACAGUGUGGCUCAGGAUCCAGCCAGGACCAACACUGCGGUCAACGGUGAAUGAUUUGAGCAGUCUUGAUUGGGAUCUGUGCAGCUAUAACUGACAAGGGGGCUGUACCUACUACAGUCUGCCUGCCAUGUGGAUGCUGCUGCUGCUGCUGCUGCUGCUUGUGGCGCAACACAAACCAUCCGCACACACCGACAGCGGAGCAGAGAGAGAGGAGGCACAGUGAGCAGGAGGGAGGCGGUGCUGCACGGACAACUGCGUCCCACUCCUAAAGCAAACACCUUUACAUCCUCCAACUCAGACUAUAGACUUGUGAUCGCUCCGACUUUCACUUGAUCACAGCUUUCUCAUUCACGACGGAGGGGAGCUGCGCGGACAUUGAAGCCUCCAGGCCUACAAGGAUGGACUCCAUACCUGCGGGACGAGACUCCAGCUCCUCGCCAAGCUCCAAACAAGAACUUUCCUACCCGAGCACCAAGAACCUGAAGCCCAACCAGGUCGGGGAGACGGUGCUGUACGGAAUACCGAUCGUGUCUUUGGUGAUAGAUGGCCAGGAGAGACUUUGCCUUGCACAGAUAUCUAACACGCUGCUGAAGACUUACAGCUAUAACGAGAUACACAAUCGACGCGUGGCGCUGGGGAUCACCUGCGUCCAGUGCACCCCUGUCCAGCUGGAGAUCCUGCGGAGGGCCGGUGCGAUGCCAAUCUCCUCCAGGCGCUGCGGGAUGAUCACUAAACGGGAGGCCGAGAGACUUUGUAAGUCGUUCCUGGGAGCUCAUGCGCCGCCUAAACUUCCAGAAAAUUUUGCUUUUGAUGUUUCCCACGAAUGCGCGUGGGGGAGUCGAGGCAACUUCAUCCCGGCCAGAUACAACAGCUCCAGGGCCAAGUGCAUCAAGUGCUCCUAUUGCAACAUGUAUUUUUCUCCAAAUAAAUUCAUAUUUCAUUCACAUCGCACGCCAGAGUCCAAGUACACACAACCAGAUGCAGCUAACUUUAAUUCUUGGAGGCGGCAUCUGAAAUUAUCAGAUAAAGGCACUGCGUUAGAUAUUCAACACGCAUGGGAAGAUGUGAAGGCCAUGUUCAAUGGGGGCAGUCGCAAGAGGACACUGCCAGGCAGCGGGUCAGAUCAUGGCUCUUCCUUAAAAUCACACAACCGUCCCCGAGACUCACCCGAGAUCCCUGCAAAAAUCCUCAGCUGCGAGGACAACCGGGGCGGCAUGACGAGCACACGCAGCUACCCGGUCAUCCCGGUGCCCAGUAAAGGUUUUGGGAUGCUGCAGAAGAUCCCACCGCCGCUCUUCCCUCAUCCGUACGGCUUCCCAGCUUUCGGCCUGUGCCAGAAGAAAGACGACAGUAUGAUGGGAGAGCAGAGCAAAGCGGGCCUCCCGGGUGUCCUGUGGCCUGGUACCAAGGACAGCGCCUACCACUCCUUCCCCAUGUUCUGGCCAGCGGCGGGCGCGCUGCCCAUGCCUCCGUACCCCCAGACUCAGCACAAACCCCCACCAGAGCUGCUGUGUCCCCCCAGACAGACUGACAUGGACAUAUCUGAGCACAGCGACCGCAGCACCAACACAUCCAAAGACAGCAUGGUUGAAAACGAUCGGUGCUCCAGCACUCAGUCCACGCGUAACGAAGACGACAAGUCAGGAGACGAGGCGAGGCCGCUGGAGGGGAUGACCCUCGCGCCCCGGAAAAUCAGCUACGUCUCCGCGUUCAGACCCGUCAUUAAAGACGCCGACUGCAUCGCCAAGCUGUACGGCAACAGAGGCGCGUACAACGGGUGUCGCACCGGCUAUUUAUCGCCCGAUUUUUUAAGUGAGAGCUCAAGUUACCGCUCCAUGUCCCCCUGCGUGGACAGCGACGGCGACCCGGACGUGGAUGUGGAGACAAAUAAAACACCAGAGGAGGAGGAGGGCUGCCGGCCUCUGUCCUCGGUGUGUCCCCGGACUCCUCCCGGCUUGGCUCACAGUGUUUCCCCAAACGACUCAGACUCCAAGAGCCUGCAGGAGAGCAGUGUGGUUGACUCCCAGAAAAUGAGCGUGCACGUGGCCCAGUCCUCUGACAGAGAACUGCAGAACAAGCACUUAUCAGAAACCCUCAUAGCUGCGUCUUUCAGUGAAGUGUACACACCGGAGAGGGGUGAGCUGCAACAAAGGAGCAGUCCGUAUCAGUUCAGACCUGCGAAUUACCAGACUGGAGUACUUACAACAAAUGAUGAGAGUGCAAGUAAAGAGGAGCCGUCUUCUACAGUGGAGGAGAUCGAAACGAAAUCUUUUAAUGAACAAAGCAGCGAGGAGACCCAGCGAGAGCCGGAUGAGGGCGAGGACGCGCCAGCCAGAGCUCUGCCAACACAAAGAGCCAUAGAAAGUCUGGCAAAAGAGGAACUACAGAAGCAGCUCUUAGAGCAAGUUGAGCUGAGGAAAAAGCUGGAACGUGAAUUUCAAAACUUGAAAGAUAAUUUUCAGGAUCAGAUGAAGAGGGAGCUUUCCUAUAGGGAGGAGAUGGUUCAGCAGCUCCACAUCGUCAGAGAAGCUCACGACGCUUUACACCAUUUCUCGUGUAAGAUGUUGACUCCUCGCCACUGCAGCGGAUCCUGCACCUUCAAAUCUCCUCUGCUCCCACCCUGAGUCACAUCACCACACAUUUAUAUGACAGAAAAAAAACUAAAGGGACACAUCUACAGCUUCUGUCAAACUAUAUUUAAAAAAAAUCUCCGAGGAAUCAAGUUGAAUGAACUUGUACUUGUAAUAUUUUAAAAUGUGUAUCUCCACCCUCAGCAUUUAUAUAACCACCUGGCAUACAGUGUAAUUUGUUUUACUGAAAUGAUACCAUUGAUAUUAUUAUUAUUAUUUGUGGCAAAGUGCAAUGACAAUGUAUGUAUCUUGUAAUAGUUAUAGGUUGUUAUUUCCUUAUUUUUGCGUUGUCAAUAAUAGCAGCUUUGACUAGCCAAUUCAUUGCUCCUUAUCCUCUCAGUAUUGUGAGUUAGCCUACUACUUUUGCUGUGUUCUUCUUUGCAGGCCAACAGCUUCCUUUGGGUGUUAUGCACUUUAAACAGAUGAUGGGACUUACCAUUAAAAAAAGCUUGUGCAUUGAAAUAGGCCUACAAUAUAAUGAUUUGUAGCGGUCAAACCAUGCCUAUUGUUUGUUUCUGAAGACUUACAAAACACAGAAGUUAGUAGGCUACAUUAGUACACACCCGCGAACAUGUAAGUAGCGACAUAUUCUAUUAAGAGUAGCCUAUUUGUUCAUGUAAUAUUUGUUUUCAUCGCUAAUGAAUAAA